AUGGACACGUUUUUCAUAACACGUUCAAUAUUGCCAAAUGUACACUUCGAACUACAGUCGUCAAACUGUCAAUCCGUGUUCUGUAGUAUUGGCGAUGAUGACAAGGUAAAUACAAUAAAAAUAUACGAUGGGAAAACCAGUAUGUAAUGAAUUAGGUAAUUACCUACCAACUAAUGAUCUACGGGAACAUAAUAUUAUAUUAUUUUUAAAAAUAUUUUCAACUUUUGUGUUGUGGAACAAAUUUAUGUAUGAAUAAUAAUUGUGUAUGUACAAUUCAAAAAAUUAAUUAAAACAUUUAAAUGUAUACGUGAUAUGCAAAAACAUGCGAUUUUAUGAAAAGUAUGCACUUGCACUCAAAAUAUGCAAAAGUAUACAAAAUAAAAAUUUGCAAUAUUAUUUAUUUAAGCAUGAUCGAUGAAAUCCAUUUAAUGCAUGUAAUUGCUUAUGAAAAUAUGAACAUGCAUUAUAUGCAAAAUCCAGUCCUUAAUAAUACCUUACCUAACCAAACGUACCUAUUAUUUAAUGUACUUCCUUAUAUUUUCAGGAAAUGACCGAUGAGCCACGGACAGCCAAACGAAAAAAGAAGCCUACUGCCUUAAUUAUACCACCUUAUGCUUCUAGCUAUAAGUAUUUGUGAAAUAACGUUUGUACGUUAUUUUUCUUUAAAUUAUUAUUCGUUUAUUUGAUUACUUUGUUUGUUACAUUCUUUUACACCUUUACUACUACAGUCGGUACAUUAAAAAAAUAUUACCAAAGAAAAUAUAUAAUGUCUAUUUAGUUAUUUUACCAUAAUAUGACGUAUAUAUAUUGUUAAUAAAGUAUCGCUAUCAAUUGAACAGUGCUCAGAAUCGUUUUUCGUAAACAAUUGUUUAUCGUUGCUUACAGGUAUACAUUCAAUUACCUAUAACAGUGGCUGCACCCCAUGGGCAGAUAGGCCUACCGGAAAACUGGGCAUUUCCCAGUGCCCCCCCCCCUUCGUAUUUCGGCAAUGGGGCCUUUUAAUAUUAUACAAUUUCAAUAGAAAUUUGAAAUAUAAAAUAAAUAAUAAUAUAAUAUAAUCUUAUUAAUCUUAUAUCUAUUACUAUUCUGUGGUCUUUUACAAAAGAUUUCUUAUCGGCCCGCAGCCGUCGCGCUGCUACCAACUACAACGUCGAUUACUAUUUGGCGGCGAGUAAUGGUCACGGUUGUGACUGAUAAAGUGGGUCAUAACUCACAAAUAUGUUAUUGUAGAUACUAUUUUUAGAAUAAUAUAAACUAAACCAAACAAACUGGACAUUUUCAAUGCUAUCGCGUAUUUUUGUGUGGUACUGUAGUAUUUACUAUCUUAUCACAAACAAAUUACAGAAUUAUAUUAUAUACUUAUUGCAUUAUUGCAGACAUUAAGUUACUCAUAAGUCAUUAGUCUGGAAUCUCAAUAGUUUCACUGUUACAUAUUCCUCAGUUCUUCUAUUGCAUAGUACAGCAGUACAGUACUACAGCUACAACAAACGUUUACGUGCUGCUGUUUUAUUUUUUUAUAGACAAUUCCAAAAAAUCACACAAAAGCGGAAGUGCUAAAAGAAAAAAAAAAAAGGAGAAAGAUUUACUAAGAAAAGAAGCUUAAAACCCCAAGCCAACAAAAUUUAAUUUUAUCAAAUCAAGUAAGUACACACCUAGGUAUAACUAUAGAUACCAUACUAUACCUAAUACUUAUGAAUUUUUUAUUAUUAUUUAAUACAUUUAUCUAUAAUAAUUUAUGAUAAUGUCAUGUAGGAAUAUGAACUAAAAGUACAUUAUAUUUUAUAGGUAUCUUAGAAUCAUGCUUACAUUUAAUAUUUUUAAAACACAAACUGGUCUUCUUAAUGUGUUUAUUAUAUUUAUAAUUUUUAUAAUUAGAUAUAUUUAAUUGAGAAUGGAUAUUGUUAUAAUAUAUGUGUAUAUUAUGCAUUUUUUAGAUGUUAAUGAUAUUAAGAAAAUAAUUGAAAGAGAUUUUGAAGGACACAUUGCAAGAGGAACACCAAGAGCAAAAUACAUGACAGAUAAUGCAGGAUAUGAAUAAGGGAAAUUACAAAGACCUGAAAGAACUGUGUUACGAUAGAGAAGCAUGGAGAGCUGCAACAAACAAAUCUAUGGAUUUAUAACAAAAAAAAAAAAAAAGAUGUUAAUAUUGCCAUAACAGACAAUUUGUCAAAUUGUGCUAUUCUAGAAGGUAAAUUGAUGCAUUUUAUUAUUAAUUAUAUUGUAUUUUAUUUUAAAGUAUUGUUAGGAGUUAGUAAAAUUAAAAAAUAAAAUUAUAAUAAUAUAAAACAUUAGGUAUAUUAUGAUUUAAUAAUUUUAGAAAUAUACUUUACAAUUUUCAUCUUUAGGUGACAAUAUAUUUGAAAAAAUAUAACAGUACUACUAUUGAAAAUGAAAGAGAAAAUUUGAAUAGUAAUAGUGGUAAUUUCUAGUUAACUUUCCUAUACAUUUUACUUAAACUAUUUUAAAAAUGAAAACUUUACUUUCUAGGUGUCAAUGCUUCAAAACAAGACAAUGAAAAAGUUCAAGUUAAUACAAUUGAAGAUAUUGAAAAUGUUGAUACCAUUGCAACAGUUGAAACCUGUUCAAAUAUUGAUAAUGGUACCUAUAUAAUAUGUACCUAAAUUUGAAUUCUCUAAUUUUUAACAAUUAUAAUUUUUUUAUAGAGGCUACUGAUAUGUUUACAAAACCUAGAAGUAUUAAUGUUACAAGCAUUUGGUCACUUCAUCCUCAUCAACCAAAAACAAACAUUCCAUUCAGACCUUCAAAAUUGUACAAUUGUAAGGAUGGAGGUAAAUCGUAA